AUGUCUUCCGACGCCGAAAUGGCUGUCUUUGGGCCAGCUGCUCUUUACCUCCGAAAGUCAGAAAAGGAGAGAAUUGAGGCGCAAAACAAGCCUUUUGAUGCCAAGUCAUCUGUCUUUGUGGUGCAUGCUAAGGAAUCCUAUGUGAAAGGCACUGUCCAGAGCAGGGAAGGAGGGAAGGUCACAGUCAAGACAGAAAAGGGAGAAACUCUCACUGUCAAGGAUGAUCAAGCCUUCCCUAUGAACCCUCCCAAGUAUGAUAAAAUUGAGGACAUGGCUAUGAUGACCCAUCUCCAUGAACCUGCUGUCCUGUAUAACCUCAAAGAGCGUUAUGCAGCCUGGAUGAUCUAUACCUAUUCAGGUCUCUUCUGUGUCACUGUCAAUCCCUACAAGUGGCUGCCAGUGUACAAUGCAGAAGUGGUAACUGCCUACAGGGGUAAAAAGCGUCAAGAGGCUCCUCCCCACAUUUUUUCCAUUUCUGACAAUGCCUAUCAGUUCAUGUUAACUGAUCGGGAAAAUCAGUCAAUCUUGAUCACUGGAGAAUCUGGUGCAGGAAAAACUGUGAACACAAAGCGUGUCAUCCAGUACUUUGCAACAAUUGCAGUUUCUGGGGAAAAAAAGAAGGAAGAGAAUUUGGCAAUAACAAUUUCUUUGCAGGGGACCCUUGAAGAUCAAAUCAUCAGUGCCAACCCUCUGCUGGAGGCCUUUGGCAAUGCCAAGACUGUGAGAAAUGACAACUCCUCACGCUUUGGUAAAUUCAUCAGAAUCCACUUUGGUGCCACAGGGAAGCUGGCUUCUGCUGACAUUGAAACAUAUCUGCUGGAGAAGUCUAGAGUUACAUUCCAGCUCAAGGCAGAAAGAAGCUACCACAUAUUUUAUCAGAUCAUGUCCAACAAGAGGCCAGAGCUCAUUGAGAUGCUUCUGAUUACCACCAACCCAUAUGACUUUCAUUUUGUGAGUCAAGGGGAGAUCACUGUUGCCAGCAUUGAUGACCAGGAAGAACUGAUGGCUACAGAUAGUGCCAUUGAUAUCCUGGGGUUCAAUGCUGAUGAAAAAACAGCUAUUUACAAGCUCACAGGGGCAGUCAUGCAUCAUGGAAACUUGAAGUUCAAGCAGAAGCAGCGUGAGGAGCAAGCAGAACCGGAUGGCACAGAAGUUGCUGACAAAAUCGCCUACUUGAUGGGUCUGAACUCAGCUGACCUGCUUAAAGCCCUUUGUUACCCCCGAGUCAAGGUCGGGAAUGAGUUUGUGACCAAAGGUCAAACUGUGCAACAGGUGUAUAAUUCAGUUGGUGCUCUCGCAAAGUCUGUCUUUGAAAAGAUGUUCUUGUGGAUGGUUGUUCGCAUCAACCAGCAGCUGGAUACCAAGCAGCCUAGACAGUACUUCAUUGGUGUGCUGGACAUUGCUGGCUUUGAAAUCUUUGAUUACAACAGCUUGGAGCAGCUGUGCAUCAACUUCACCAAUGAGAAACUGCAACAGUUUUUCAACCACCACAUGUUUGUGCUGGAGCAGGAGGAGUACAAGAAGGAAGGGAUUGAAUGGGAAUUCAUUGACUUUGGGAUGGACUUGGCUGCCUGCAUUGAGCUCAUUGAGAAGCCUAUGGGUAUUUUCUCCAUCCUGGAAGAGGAGUGCAUGUUCCCCAAGGCAACUGACGCUUCCUUCAAGAACAAGCUCUACGAUCAGCAUCUGGGCAAGUCCAACAACUUCCAGAAACCGAAGCCUGCCAAAGGAAAGGCUGAGGCCCACUUCUCCCUGGUGCACUACGCAGGCACUGUGGACUACAACAUCACUGGCUGGCUUGAGAAGAACAAGGACCCCCUGAAUGAAACUGUCAUUGGGCUGUACCAGAAAUCAUCAUUGAAAACACUGGCUCUGCUCUUUGCUGCAUAUGGUGGAGCAGAAGAGAGUGGUGGUGGCAAGAAGGGCGGCAAGAAGAAGGGUUCUUCUUUCCAGACUGUCUCUGCUCUUUUCAGGGAGAACUUAAACAAGCUGAUGUCCAAUCUGAGAAGCACUCAUCCUCAUUUUGUACGAUGCCUCAUUCCCAAUGAAACAAAAACACCUGGUGCCAUGGAACAUGAACUGGUGCUGCACCAGCUGCGGUGUAACGGCGUGCUGGAAGGGAUCAGAAUUUGCAGGAAAGGCUUCCCCAGCAGAAUCAUUUAUGCAGACUUUAAGCAGAGAUACAAGAUUUUGAAUGCAAGUGCUAUCCCAGAGGGGCAGUUCAUUGACAGCAAGAAAGCUUCUGAAAAGUUGCUUGGAUCCAUUGAUGUUGACCACACCCAGUAUAAAUUUGGGCACACCAAGGUGUUCUUCAAAGCUGGACUGUUGGGUCUUCUAGAGGAGAUGAGAGAUGAAAAGCUAGCACAACUUAUUACUCGCACACAAGCUGUAUGUCGUGGCUACUUGAUGAGAACAGAGUUCAAGAAAAUGAUGGAAAGGAGGGAAUCCAUAUUCUGUAUUCAAUACAAUGUUCGUGCAUUCAUGAACGUCAAGCACUGGCCCUGGAUGAAGCUGUACUUCAAGAUCAAACCCUUGCUGAAGAGUGCUGAGUCUGAGAAGGAGAUGGCCAACAUGAAGGAAGAGUUUGAGAAAACAAAGGAAGAGCUUGCUAAAUCUGAGGCGAAAAAGAAGGAACUAGAGGAGAAAAUGGUGUCUUUGAUGCAAGAGAAAAAUGACCUGCAGCUCCAAGUGCAGUCUGAGGCCGAUGGCUUGGCUGAUGCUGAGGAGAGAUGUGACCAGCUAAUCAAAACCAAAAUCCAGCUUGAAGCUAAAAUUAAAGAGGUGACUGAAAGAGCAGAGGACGAAGAAGAAAUUAAUGCUGAGCUGACAGCCAAGAAGAGGAAACUGGAGGAUGAAUGUUCAGAGCUGAAGAAAGACAUUGAUGACCUUGAGUUAACCUUGGCCAAGGUGGAAAAGGAAAAACAUGCCACAGAAAACAAGGUGAAAAACCUCACUGAGGAGAUGGCAGUCCUGGAUGAGAGCAUUGCCAAGCUGACAAAAGAAAAGAAAGCCCUCCAAGAGGCCCAUCAGCAGACUCUGGAUGACCUGCAGGCAGAAGAGGACAAAGUGAACACAUUGACCAAAGCUAAAACAAAACUGGAGCAGCAAGUGGAUGAUCUUGAGGGGUCCCUGGAGCAGGAGAAGAAACUUCGCAUGGACCUGGAAAGAGCAAAGAGGAAACUUGAAGGAGACUUGAAGCUGGCCCAGGAAUCCACAAUGGAUUUAGAAAAUGAUAAGCAGCAGCUGGAUGAAAAGCUGAAAAAGAAAGACUUUGAAAUCAGUCAGCUCCAAAGCAAAAUUGAGGAUGAGCAAGCCCUGGGCAUCCAGCUGCAGAAGAAGAUCAAGGAGCUCCAGGCCCGUAUAGAGGAGCUGGAGGAGGAAAUAGAAUCAGAACGAGCCUCUCGGGCAAAAGCAGAGAAGCAGCGGGCUGAUCUCUCCAGGGAACUUGAGGAGAUCAGCGAGCGCCUGGAAGAAGCUGGUGGGGCAACAGCAGCUCAGAUUGAGAUGAACAAGAAGCGCGAGGCAGAAUUCCAGAAGAUGCGCCGAGACCUUGAAGAGGCUACUCUGCAGCAUGAAGCGACAGCCUCUGCCCUCCGGAAGAAGCAUGCUGACAGCACAGCCGAGCUCGGGGAGCAAAUUGACAACCUGCAACGGGUCAAGCAGAAGCUGGAGAAGGAGAAGAGUGAGCUGAAGAUGGAGAUUGAUGACCUGGCUAGCAACAUGGAGACUGUUUCCAAAGCCAAGGGAAAUCUUGAGAAGAUGUGCCGCACUCUGGAGGACCAGCUUAGUGAGAUUAAGACAAAGGAGGAGGAGCACCAACGAACAAUUAAUGACCUCAGUGCUCAAAGAGCUCGUUUACAGACAGAAUCAGGUGAGUUUUCUCGCCAGGUGGAAGAAAAAGAUGGUUUGAUUUCACAGUUGUCAAGGGGCAAGCAAGCAUUUACCCAACAGAUUGAGGAACUGAAGAGGCAACUAGAGGAGGAGAUAAAGGCCAAGAAUGCACUGGCCCAUGCCUUGCAGUCUGCUCGCCAUGACUGUGACUUGCUGCGAGAACAAUUUGAAGAGGAGCAGGAAGCCAAGGGCGAACUGCAACGUGCCCUGUCCAAAGCCAACAGUGAAGUUGCUCAGUGGAGAACCAAAUAUGAAACUGAUGCUAUUCAGCGGACAGAGGAGCUGGAAGAAGCUAAGAAGAAGCUUGCUCAACGUCUGCAGGAUGCCGAGGAGCACGUAGAAGCUGUGAACUCCAAAUGUGCUUCCCUUGAAAAGACAAAGCAGAGGCUCCAGAAUGAAGUGGAGGACCUCAUGAUUGAUGUGGAAAGAUCAAAUGCUGCCUGUGCAGCACUAGAUAAGAAACAAAAGAAUUUUGAUAAGAUUCUGGCAGAAUGGAAGCAGAAAUAUGAGGAAGCUCAGGCUGAACUGGAAGCCUCUCUGAAGGAGUCUCGCUCUCUCAGCACUGAACUUUUUAAAGUGAAGAAUGCUUAUGAGGAGUCUUUGGACCAUCUUGAAACCCUGAAGCGUGAGAACAAGAACUUGCAACAGGAGAUUUCUGACCUGACGGAGCAAAUUGCAGAGGGAGGGAAGGCCAUCCAUGAGCUGGAGAAAGUGAAGAAGCAGAUUGAGCAAGAGAAAUCUGAAAUCCAGGCUGCUCUGGAAGAAGCAGAGGCCUCACUAGAACAUGAAGAGGGGAAAAUCCUUCGCAUCCAACUUGAGCUAAACCAAGUGAAGUCUGAUAUUGACCGGAGGAUUUCUGAAAAAGAUGAAGAAAUUGAUCAGCUCAAAAGAAACCACCUCAGAGUUGUUGAGUCCAUGCAGAGUACCCUGGAUGCUGAGGUCCGGAGCAGAAAUGAUGCUCUAAGGCUGAAAAAGAAGAUGGAGGGGGAUCUGAAUGAAAUAGAGAUCCAGCUGAGCCAUUCCAAUCGCCAGGCUGCAGAAGCACAAAAGAGUCUGAGAAAUGCACAAGGAGCACUCAAGGAUACGCAGCUGCACUUGGAUGAUGCUCUUAGAACCCAAGAAGAUCUAAAAGAGCAGGUUGCUGUUGUUGAGCGCAGAGCUAACCUGAUGCAGGCUGAAAUUGAGGAGCUACGGGCAGCCCUGGAACAGACAGAGAGGGGAAGAAAAGUGGCUGAACAAGAGCUUUUGGAUGCAAGUGAACGUGUGCAGCUCCUACACACCCAGAACACCAGCCUGAUCAACACCAAGAAGAAGCUGGAAACAGACAUUUCACAAAUACAGAGUGAAGUGGAAGAGACAAUCCAGGAAGCACGCAAUGCAGAAGAGAAAGCCAAGAAGGCAAUCACUGAUGCAGCCAUGAUGGCUGAGGAGCUGAAGAAGGAGCAGGACACAAGUGCCCACCUGGAGAGGAUGAAGAAGAACCUGGAGCAGACAGUGAAGGACCUGCAGCACCGUCUGGAUGAGGCUGAGCAGCUGGCUCUGAAGGGUGGCAAGAAACAACUCCAGAAACUGGAGGCCAGAGUACGUGAGCUGGAAGCAGAGGUUGAGAAUGAGCAGAAACGCGGUGCUGAUGCUAUUAAGGGUGUGCGUAAAUAUGAGAGGAGAGUAAAGGAACUGACCUACCAGUCUGAGGAGGACCGGAAGAAUGUGCUCAGGCUCCAGGAUCUAGUUGACAAACUUCAGAUGAAAGUGAAGUCUUACAAGAGACAAGCUGAGGAGGCUGAGGAGCUAUCCAAUGCCAACCUCUCCAAGUUUCGCAAGAUCCAGCAUGAGCUGGAAGAGGCUGAGGAGAGGGCUGACAUGGCGGAGUCCCAGGUCAACAAACUUCGAGUGAAGACCCGGGAGGUUCAGAGCAAGAAGAUUGACGGGGAGGAAUAAGGAUGCAGCACAGCU